GUAAAGGAGCGGCGGGGCGGGGAGCUGGGAGGCAUGGCGCGGCCCGACGACGACGACGAGGGGCCGGCCGUGGCGCCCGGGCACCCGCUGGCGAAGGGAUACCUUCCGGUGCUGAGAGGCGCCCCGGACGGGGAGGCGCACGCGGAGCUGCAGGAAGGGCCUGAGGCGGAGAUCGGAGGCCCGGAACACGGCCCCGUGAUCGCGGGAUCCCCGGACGGACCCCAAGCCCUGCUGGCAGCGGAGGAGGAGACCCAGGCCCGGCUGCUGCCCGCAGGCGGUGGAGAGGACGACCCGGUCUCCACGCGCUCCCCGCGCACGGCGCUGUCGCCGCGGCGCUUCGUGGUGCUGCUCAUCUUCAGCUCGUACUCGCUGGUGAACGCCUUCCAUUGGAUCCAGUACAGCAUCAUCAGCAACGUGUUCGAGGGCUUCUACGGCGUGUCGGCGCUGCACAUCAACUGGCUGUCCAUGGUGUACAUGCUGGCCUACGUGCCCCUCAUCUUCCCGGCCACCUGGCUGCUGGACACGCGAGGCCUGCGGCUCACGGCGCUGCUGGGCUCCGGCCUCAACUGCCUGGGCGCCUGGGUCAAGUGCGGCAGCGUGCAGCGGCACCUCUUCUGGGUCACCAUGCUGGGGCAGAGCCUGUGCUCCGUGGCGCAGGUCUUCAUCCUGGGCUUGCCCUCCCGCAUCGCCUCCGUGUGGUUUGGACCCAAGGAGGUGUCAACGGCUUGUGCCACCGCGGUGCUGGGCAAUCAGCUUGGAGCUGCAGUUGGCUUUCUGUUGCCACCUGUUUUAGUGCCCAACGUGGAGAAUAACACAGACCUUCUGGCUUAUAACAUCAACACCAUGUUUUACGGAACAGCAUUUAUCUCCACACUUUUAUUUUUUUUAACAGUAAUUGCAUUCAAGGAAAAGCCUUUGUUACCGCCAAGUCAGGCUCAGGCAGCCCUGCAGGACAGCCCCCCUGCGAAGUACUCGUACAAGAGCUCCAUCUGGAACCUGUUCACAAACGUCCCCUUUGUUCUCCUGCUGGUUAGUUACGGUAUCAUGACUGGAGCAUUUUAUUCUGUUUCGACAUUAUUAAAUCAAAUGAUACUGACAUAUUAUGUGGGAGAAGAGGUGAAUGCUGGAAGAAUUGGGCUAACGCUGGUGGUAGCUGGAAUGGUGGGCUCCAUUCUUUGUGGCUUAUGGCUGGAUUACACCAAAACCUACAAGCAGACGACUCUGAUCGUGUACGUGUUGUCGUUCAUUGGGAUGCUUGUGUUUACGUUCACACUGGACCUUGGGUACAUCAUUGUGGUGUUCGUUACUGGUGGGAUCCUUGGCUUCUUCAUGACUGGUUACCUCCCUCUGGGCUUUGAAUUUGCUGUUGAGAUCACUUACCCUGAAUCUGAAGGCACGUCCUCUGGGCUUCUCAAUGCUGCUGCUCAGAUAUUUGGAAUUUUGUUCACCUUGGCUCAGGGAAAGCUCAUGUCAGACUAUGAUCCUGUGGCAGGAAACUUUUUCCUCUGUGCCUGGAUGCUCUUGGGCAUCAUUCUGACAGCCUUGAUCAAGACUGAUCUGAGGAGGCACAGCGUAAACAUGGGGUUGGCGAAUGGAGCCGUUAAAGCUGUGCCUGUUGAUAGUCUGACAGAUCAGAAACCAAAGGUGAUGUCUAUGCAGUCAGAAUCUUCACUCUGAGGAGGGGACAGCGCCUGCCCCUCAGCGUGGGCGUGCCAUUGUCCCUGAGAAGCUGCGUGAGCGAGCGGUGAGGACGCUUACUUGAAAAUUACUGUGUGAACUCUGAAUAUUGUUUUUACUGUUAAUUUGGCGACAUUUGGUUAAAAUGCCCUCACUUGCGCUUUGUUAACACCUACCGUUCAUCUAAUAUUGUCCGUUUUCAAUUGUGUAGCGUGUCCAUGAAGUAGCAAUCUUGACAUUUUUUUCAGAACGUAUGUUUUUUAUGGGGCUCUAGUUCCCGUAAGACAUGCAAGAGUGUGUGCAGUUCACAUACAGACCCGUCCAGUGCGUUUCCAGUUAACUGUCGUCUCACUGGGCUGAGCAGUGUGAGCACCGAACACACCAGGAAGCUGGCUCGCUGGAGAUCAGGGCUGGGAUCCGGAUUCCAGAGAAGCACUCGGACUUUUCCCAUCUUUCAUGCUGUUGUUGUACAGUGUGUGAUACAUUCCGUCCCACAAACAAACAAUCAAACAAAAAACAGUUGUAUAAAGCAUAUCACAGAAUCCAUUAUACUCUGGUUAGCUAAGGAGCCGAGGCACACCCAGACCGUCUGGAAUUCCUCUCCGUGCUGACUUCAUACAAAUAAAUAAAUGCUAACACUGUAUUUUCAGUGCAACUCUAAAAUAGAAUAGUUUCACGCCCAUUGUCUAUUUUUUACUCUCUUUCAAGAAAAUUUCAUUUGUGUUACGUGCUAGCUCAUGAUUUCUUAUGUCACAUCAAUAUUUGCCUUGGAGAUACCUAAGAUAAGGAGUCUGUGCUAACUUCAGAGAGCCCUUGAAAUACUAGCUGCUGGGUUUCCAGGAUCAUUUUUCUGACCUUUGCCCUCUGAAGGUUGGCAGCCUCUGCACAUGUUCUAUGCGUGCUGGGGACAGGUUCUCCUCCACCUCAGAGUGUACGUGGUUGCCACUCUGUGGGCGUCGAUGCUCAGGACAAGGAGAAUGGGACCAAGUGAGUUUUCACAGUGCCUACCACUGUCUUGUUCACAGUGAGACAUUGGCACUCCGACUCUAGGCAUAGCGCCAUGACGUUUUAUCAACAGUAACAUUUAAAUAGUGUAAUUUUGUAAAUUUUACCAAAAAAUUACAUCAAAAAGCACGCAGAAAAGCCAAUCUUGUAAUGAAUAUGUUUGAAACACAUGCAACUUUGAUUUAGGCAAAAUAUACAUUGAUUUAUUUUGAUAUUAUUCAUUUUCAUCAAAUGCUAUAAUCUGUGUAGAAUCUGACACUGGAAAAUGUACUGGAAGAGUUACUAUCGCUCAGGAUCAGGACCUGGUUUUGUGUCCUUGGUAUGUUCUGUCAUGGUAACUCUGGACACAUCAUUUAGCCUCUCUGGCAGCAUUUUUGUGAUUCAGGAAAUAAAUACUUUAACUUUGAUCUAAAACAGUGGUUCUCAACCUAUGGGUUGCGACCCCUCUGGGAGUUGAAUGACCCUUUCACAGGGAUUACAUAUC